AUGGAUCCAAUAGAAAAGAAGUACUACAUGAUUCCCAAGAAAACUAAUAAUGUACAAUCAACAAUAUUCGCUUACGGUAAAAUUCAGUGUGGAGAAAAAGAUUGUCCAAAACACAAUUCAACUGAAGCAUGUAAAGACGCAAAAACACCAAAUACAACGUGUAUUUGGUGUGAAAGAGCAAACAAGUGCAUUACAAACAAUGAUAUGGAUAGCCAUGAAUUCAAAGUAAAUGGUUGUCAGAAUAAAAAUAGCUCAAACAUCAACGUGUCAACUGAACCACCACUCAUCAGACAAGAAGAAACGACUUCACGGACUACUGAAGCUGACAUAAGAAAAGAAUUGGAGUUAACUACUCAAAACACUGAAACUCAUUUGGUAAAUAUUUGGUAUUUUGUAAUUAUAGUAGUUUCGUAUUUUUCAGAAUACAACUAUUGA